AUGGGUCUAGAUGACAAUUACGACCCAAACGAGCAAAUGACCACUCAAUCGUCACAGUACCAACAACAUGGAUACCCCACACCCCAAUUUCCACAACACCAACAAUAUGGGUACACCACACCCCAACAAACAAUGCCAUUUUUUCAAGGAGAUAAAUAUCGUACUAAUAUUCUUUUUUUAGGGGAUAAAUGCGAAAAAUAUCAUAAAAGAAACACAUUUUUCCAACUCUACUCAUCGAUAACGAAGUUGUUUGGGAGUGGUUGCGCUUUAAAGAGAAUGGUGGCGAAAAUGGUGCUUGGUAUUGGAAUUGGAAUGGUGUAUUAUGGUAUGCCAUUAGCAGUUGGGAACUUAGGAUUCAACAUUUACUUGGCUGUUGUAUUCAAUGCCUUGAUGGAAAUACCGGCUUAUGUGGCUACCUAUUUCUUGGAGAAUUGCCGAAGAAAACCGUCAGUUCUUGUAUUCUCAAUAGCUAGUGGUGUAUGUUGUAUAAUGUGUGUUGUUGUUGGAUCAGGAAUACAAGAAAUUCGAGUUGGAUUAGCAAUGGCAUUGGUUUUCAGUGCGUGCACAGCUUUUAAUGUGUUUCUCAUUUACAUUUUAGAGCUAUUUCCAACAAGUGUGGGGAACAUUACAUCAUCAUUGGUGGGACAAGCUACUGUUUUUGGUAAUGUUUUCACCCCCUUUUUGAUAUCUGCUGGGAGGAAAAACGACAUUUUCUCUUAUGGCGUGUUUGGAAUAGUUAUCAUGUUGUCGUGUUUUGCGUUGCUUGGUUUGCCAGAGACAAGAGGAUUAGAUCUUUGUGAUACCAUGGAUCAACAAGAGAAGAAAGACGAUAUGUCAGUAUAA